CCGUGCAGUAGACGAGAUUUGGCCUCUCUAAAACCCUAACGUUUCGAACUUGAAAUACGGCCCAGUGAAGCAGCGGUUGGGAGUGGCGCAGGUCUUUCUCCUUCCGAUUUGCGAUGAACAUUUUGAAGAAUUUUGCAUCUAGUCGUGGCCACUCCCUGUUUCUUCUGACCAAAUGUCGUCCCUUUUCUGUGGAGACGGCUGAGUACGCGAAGAGAAACUAUGCUAAUAACAUAUCCGAGUACAACACCGUCAUCGGGUCCCUGAUCGGCCAGCGAAGAGGAUUCUUGUUGAGGGAUGUGUAUGAAGACAUGAUGCUGGACGGAGUCCAGCCAAUGCGGGACACUUUCCACGCUCUCAUUGUCGGGACCAUGAAGGGGAACCGGCUUCAGGAUGCUUUCUUCUUCCGCGAUGAGAUGAAAGCUAUGGGUUUACCCCCUGAUGUUAAUCUGUACCACUUUUUGAUAUCAACUUGUGGGAAAUGUAAGAAUUCUGAUGCAGCCAUCAAGCUUUUGGAAGAAAUGAAGAGGCAUGGAGUCAAGUUGAAAGGUGAAACCUACAUAUGUCUCCUUAAUGCCCUUGCAACAACAGGCCGUACAGAUCAAGUUUAUGCCAUUGUUCGUGAUAUGACUGCUGCUGGUCUUGGGUUAAAUAAGUUCUGUUAUGCUGGACUUAUAAGUGCAUAUAAGAAUAAGCAACCAACUACUGAAGAAACAACUACAAAGAUCAUUGAGCUUGUUAAGCAAUCAAAAGGAUGGUCUUCUGUUGAAACAUCAACCGACAGUGGUGAGAAUGUGAUGAUGAACGUGUCAGAAGAGGAGUUGUACAAUAUUCCUACUGCAGAAUAUGUGCACAGAAGGGCGUUUAUAAACAGGAAUUUAACAGUGUAUCAUGUGGCUGUGCAUGCUUGUGCAGAGUUGAAAAGCAAAGGAACUCUGGAAACAAUUCUUGAUAUGAUCAAACAAGAUGGUUAUUCAUUUGAUGCUUUCAUUGCUAUGCAUGCAAUGAGGUGCUACUUCAAUUGUGAGGAUAUUGAUUCUGGUGUUAAGAUCUUUGAAGAUUAUACAAGGUCAAGACCCCCACUUGCUGAAUUAUGUGCGACUCUGGCUGAAGGAGCGAUGGUUGGACACACACCUAGAGGGAUGCAACUUGCUCAAGAGACUCUAGAGAAAAUGCAUGCAAGAGGAAUUUUCUUAAACACAAAGAUGGGAAAUGAUCUUCUGCUUGCUGCAGCGGGAGAGAAGACGGGUGGAUACACCACUGCAAAUUACGUAUGGGAUCUUUGCCAGAACCGCGGAAUCAAUUCAAAUUUUGCUGCUGUUAAGGCUUAUUAUGAAGGCUUAAAGGAAAGAGAGAUCCCUCCAGACGAUCCUAGGCUUGUAACGGUCGGGCGCAUUUAUGACAAUCUAAAUCUUAGAUUUGGAGGAAGGAGAAUCAGAGUGGACCGGUAAUACUUUCCUACAUUCGGAUCCUUGACGAGCAGCAACUGUUUUCAACGCUUGAUGCAGAAGAUAGCGUAGCGGCUUAGACUGAAUCCAAGUAUUAAACUCUCUGGAGUGCAAAAGGCCUUUAGUCUCUCACGCACUUGCUUAGGAGUGUUCAAAGCUCCUUUCUUUAGAUACUCAUCGUUUUUAAUCCCUCAGUUGAUCGUUUCUCAGUUGCAAUAUUAACAUUUGUAUUCCAGAUUUAUUCACACACUCUAGAGGCCUCCUAUUAAUCUAUCCACUAAUAAAGUGUGGCUGUUUCUGCUUUAACCAAUUGUAUUAGAAUAUAUAUAUUCUAAAUUCUAAUUCUAUGAAUGUGUUUAGAAUAUCCUUUUUC